AUGGUACAUAACCUCGUUCGCAACGAAGGCGUCCCCGCCUUGGCAUACUCGGUGAAUGAUGCGUCUGCACUAUGGCCAUGUUUUCUCAAGAUACUGUAUUCAGACACCCAGUUUGUCGUGUCUUUAGAAUACUCUAUUUCAAUCCAUGGCAUUCACGAGAAGCAGCCCUUCACCCUCCGCUAUGAAGGUGACAAUCUUAUGCUAGGCAAGACGUCACUUAGGGACAUUGCUAUUCCUCUCCCGGAAGGAUCAUUGGACGUGAUCGCACGGCAGGGGCAACCUCAGCUCCGAACGCUCUUGCUGUCGCUGAAAGCACCCUGUUCUGUGUGGUUCCCUCACAGUCUUGUCAAUGAAGUGUACAGCCGCCACACUAGCAUUGCCGAGUUCUUAACACUGGCUAGGGCAACAGAAGUACGCAUCUUGUUCGACAUCAAGUGGCUUGGGAAGAGCAACCUCGCCCGGCUGCAGAGCGUUGUCGAGGGUUCUCGGCAACCCACUGGGGUUCCGGCUAUCCCCCAAUUCGCCUGUUUGUAUCAGCAAGUCGACUGGUCUGUUAUCGACUCUAUCCAGGAUGCCAAGUCUCGAGCCUGUCUUUCCACUGAAGACGAGGCUGUACCUUCUAUUGAAGACGCGCUACUUGACGCCCCGCCUUCAUACGCGCAUGUGUCGGGCAAGCGUUCGAGGAAGGCUCGCAGUAGCUCGACACCAGACUCCCCUCCACCGAAGCGCCUCCUUCAAGAUCCUACAUGCGCGCCCUCGCCACUAGAACGCGCCAAUUCCACGGCUUCGUCCACUGCUACUGUGCAAGUAGACCUUUUCCAAGACAUCGUCACAUCCGCCAUCGAGAAGGUGCUCCCAGAUCUGCUGCGCGCACAGCUUCCCAGCAUCCUCCAAGACAUCCUUCCAGGAAUGCUUACUGGCCCCUCCCCGUCGUCGUCACCAACACCACGUUCCACCCAGAUCGCGAACACACUCACGCAGCACCAUCGAACCACAAGCCACAAGCCCACACCUGCGGCAGUCGUUAGAGCUGUUCUUAGCACCUAUACCAAGACCCAUCUCCAAGAACUCUUCACUGACGCCGUCGAGGAAGCUUCUGAGCUUCACAACUCUGCGCGCAAUGAGUUCGAAGAUGACCUCGUUGAUAUCAGGCUUGAGAUCGCCACGCUCAAAGAGGACCACAUCGCGGCCUUCAACGAGGAGUGCAAUGAGAAGUUGGCGGAGCUCAAAGAGCACCUAGCAGAGGAUAAAGAGGAGACAGAAGUGGCAGCGAAGGCAUAUACCGACGACAUAGUCCUUAAAACUUGGGACAGGUUGAAUAUGGUGGAGAAAGGCGCGUGUUGUAGGUGCAAGUGCCUUGAUAAUACCAAGAACAAGCAGGGCAAGUUGGGACAAGGCCGAAGGGCCAUGUCUCUUCCGCUUUGA